AUGGAUUCCGGAAAACCGCUCGACUCUGCUCGCGGUGACAUUGAAUUUGCCGUUCGCACGUUCCGCUACUUUGCGGGUUUUGCGGACAAACUGCAUGGCAAGGUUAUCCCUGCUGACGGCGACGUUGUCUGCUGGACUAGACACGAACCCGUUGGGGUCGUGGGGGCCAUUAUUCCCUGGAACUAUCCCCUCGACAUAAUCGCCAUCAAGCUAGCACCGGCCCUCUGCUGCGGCUGUACGGUAGUUGUCAAGCCGGCCGAGGAAACUCCCCUCAGCGCCCUCUUCUUGGGCGGUCUGAUCAAAAAAGUCGGUAUGUGCCGUUGCGCCUUUUUUUUCCAUUUUCCUUUACCUGAAUGUAUGCUAACAUUUAACUUUUAA